AAACAAGCAUCUAGGUUGCGUUAGCUCGCGCACCUACAGCAGACAGUUGAUCCGCAGCUGGCUGAUCAACGCUUCAACUUUUAGGAAGCAACUUUUUUUGGUUUAGAACAAAACGAGUCGUCAAACGGCGUGUAACUGACCGGCGUCCCCCUAGAAGCCUCCUGUAACAAACUGAAGUCAUGGCGUGUGGGGCCACCCUGAAGAGGACCAUGGAUUUCGAUCCGCUGAUGAAUCCCGCUUCACCCAAAAGACGGAGAUGCAUCCCCGUCUCCCCUUCGACCUCAUCCCCUAGGAAAUAUCUUAGCAUGGAGCCAUCGCCAUUUGGGGAGUCGUCGUCAAGACUUACUGCAGAACAAAUCCUUAACAACAUAAAGCAAGAGUACAAACGCAUUCAGAAGAGGAAGCAUCUAGAUGGAGGCUACCAACAGUCAGAAUGCUGCUAUUCUCCUGAAUCCCCUUCCCAGUCGUCUACUAUGAAUGUUUCCAACAUGACAGGAACAUCCUCUGGAGGUGUUUCUCCCACUAGAAGAGAACAACCAUUAUUUACCCUCAGACAAGUUGGAAUGAUCUGCGAACGUCUGCUGAAAGAAAGGGAAGAGAAGGUGCGGGAAGAAUACGAGGAGACCAUGACUUCAAAAUUGGCAGAACAAUAUGACACCUUUGUGAAAUUCACACAUGACCAGUUAAUGCGACGAUUUGGGGAGCAACCUGCAAGCUAUGUUUCCUGAGUGUGGCACAGAAACCUUUGCAAGACGGCUUUCUCUUGCUGCGAGCUAUUAUGUGGUCUCGAAAGAAAGAAAGCUCAUCAUUGUAAGAGAUUCGGUUUAGCAAGUUUAAAUGAAACUUUUUACUGUGCCAUAUUUCUGUCUUUGGGCAAAGGUUUAUAUGAAGCUAUUUUAAGUUGUUACCACUCUGUUGUAAGCAACUAGGUGCUUCCUAAUGUAAAUCAAUGGACCCUAUCAAUACCAGUGGCCUAAGUUCCUCCUGAUGUAAGUGUAUCUCCCAUUAUCGCUCUUUUGUAAAGAUUCCCAGCAUUCCAGGGUUUAUCAUUUGUUUGUUUUUGUUACAUGUAAAUACCAUACAGCACCACAGUUUUACACAGGGUUUGCUGGUCAGUCUAAAAGCAAGUGGAAGAGACACAGCUGAAGAGAGGGAGUGUUUGCAGGUUGUUUUCUGUUCAUUGAAUUUUAAAUUCAGCAAUCAAGUGAUUUUUUUUUCCUUUCCUUAACAGUGUUUUAUUUAUUUUGACAUUUGUUUGACUGGUAUCACUUUAAAACCAAUGUACCUAUUGGAAGAAAAAAUAAAAACCUUUUAGGAGUAAA